AUGGUUCAAAGUGGCAAUAGAAACACUAAAUUCUUCCAUGCUCAAGUUAAUGGGAGAAGGAAGAGACUGAAAUUAUCAAGGAUCCAGAAUAGCCUUGGUAACUGGAUUGAAGAAGAUCACUUAAUAGCAAAAGAAGCACUAAAGUUCUACAAGGAUCAAUUUACUGAGAGUGAAGUUCCUAAUGCUUUUGAUAUUCUAAAUCAUGUACCUUCAAUGGUAGAGAGUGAUCAACAUGAAAGAUUGAUGGCUUUGCCUUCCAAUGAAGAAGUGAAGAGAGCAGUUAUGGGGUUGAAUGGGGACUCAGCAGGUGGACCAGAUGGCUUCACCGGAGCUUUUUACCAAACAUGCUGGGAAAUCAUUGAAGAAGAUGUAGUAGGCAUGGUCAAGGCUUUCUUUUGCGGUCAGCAAUUGCCAAAGAGUGUGACACACACAAACCUGGUUGAGAACAAAACAGGCCUAAAUGUUGUGAUUAAGCUCGACAUGACAAAAGCUUACGAUAGGCUAUCAUGGCUAUUCCUGACCAAAAUGCUAAGGAAGAUGGGAUUUCCUGAAGCAUUUAUUGGAUUGAUCUUUGAUUUGAUUGGGAAUAAUUGGUACUCUAUUCUUAUAAAUGGGCAGCCAAAUGGUUUCUUAAAAUCUUCGAGGGGAGUUAAGCAGGGUGACCCUUUGUCACAACCCUAUUCAUUCUAG